AUGGGGAGUGCCGUACCGGGCUGGGUCCGAGCGGGCCCACCCCAGAGCAGGUCGCAGCAGGUGACCCCUGCUCCGCUGGCUCUGCAGGGCGGUGGUGUGGCGGCUGAGCCCGCCUGGCCCCGCAGCUGGAAGCGUGUCCUGUGCCGUGUGGGGAGCGCCGUGUCAGGGCUGGAGCGGGUCCUGGUGGCCAGGACUGAGGGGGCUGAGUCGCCGCGGGGGCCGGUCCCCACGGCCGAGCAGCUGCCCCGGCUGGUGCAGAAAGUGGUGUCGGAGUGGCCGCUGCCGCAGUGUGUGGCCCUCUUCCUCCCCGAGUUCCCUGUGCGGCCCCCCAUCCACCAGCAGCAGCUCAAGGUCCUGGGCUUUGUGGCCAAGGGCUCCUUCGGCACGGUCCUGAAGGUGCUGGACUGCAGGCGGGAGACAGUGGUUGCGGUGAAGGUGGUGCCCAAGGUGGAGGUGCUGCGGCGGGACACCCUGAAGCAGUGCAAGGAGGAAGUCAGCAUCCAGCGGCGGGUGCAGCAUCCCUUUGUUCACUGCCUCGGGGACAGCUGGCAGGGACAGCGGCACCUCUUCAUCAUGUGCACGUACUGCAGCACCGGGGACCUGCACACGCUCUGGGCCGCUUCGGGGCACCUGGAGGAAGUCACCGUGCGCCUGUUUGCGGCUGAGCUGAUCCUGGUGCUGGGGUACCUCCACGACCUGGGCAUUGUGCACCGCGACGUGAAGAUGGAAAACAUCCUCCUGGACGCGCGAGGGCACCUGAAGCUGACAGACUUCGGCCUUUCCCGGCACCUGCCGCGGGGGGAGCGGGCCUACACCAUCUGCGGCACGCUGCAGUACAUGGCCCCCGAAGUGCUGAGUGGAGGUCCCUACACCCACGCUGCUGACUGGUGGUCCCUGGGGGUCGUGCUCUUCACCUUGGCCACGGGACAGUUCCCCGUGGCGCCUGAGAGAGACCACGUGGCCAUGCUGGCGAGCGUGACCCGGUGCAGCUACGCGGUGCCGCCCAGCCUGAGCCGGGCGCUGUCCCUCCUGCUCAGCGAGCUCCUGUGCCGCAACCCGCUGCAGCGCCCGCGCCACCUGCACCACUUCAAGGCCCACCCCUUCUUUCGGGGUGUGACCUUUCGGGACGCCGGCACCAGCGUCACCCCGGUCUCGGCCGCCUCGGCGGGCACCGGCACCACCCCGCGGGCCCUGCUGGAGCGCGGCACCAACACCUCCGGGGCUGGGCCCCGCCGCGCCAAGGACAGCGCCGCCGAGACCGACUCCCUGCUCUGGCAGUGUUUCCGGGAGCAGCUGAGCUCCCUGUCCCGGUCGGAGCUGGAGGGGCGGCUGGAGAGCACCCUCAUCAUCGUCGAGGCCCUCUCGUACCAGCUGCAGGGCUGGCAGCAGAGGCAGGGGCCGGCGCCUGGCGUGGGGCCGGCCGAGCAGCGAGACGUGCCCACGCAGACCGACCUCGCCUGCCCUGGGGCGGAGGAGCGGUUUUAUCACGACCUGUAUCUGGAGUCACGAGAGCGAGUCCAGACCCUGCAGCGGCACCGGGAGAGCGAGCAGGCCCUGCGGCAGGCGGUCCAGCAGGCCACAGGGGAGAUGCGAUCCUGGGCCCUGGAGUCGCGGGCUUUCCUGGACUUCACAGCCACCUCCCUGCAGCAUCUGCAGACCGACCGGCAAGCCCUGGGCCAGGAGCGAGAGCAGCUGAGGGCCCUGCUGUCCCGGUGCCGGAGCUCGCUGGAGGGGGCGGCAAGCAAGCUGCAGCGCUGCCUGGAGGAGCGGGAUGAGGCGCGGCGCCGCCAGGGAGAGGCCCUGCAGGCCAAGGAGGCGGGAGACGCAGUCUUGGAGGAGCUCCGCUGCCACGCCGGCGCCCGCAUCUGCUGCAGCGAGCUGGGGCUGGCGGCCCAGAGAGAGCUCCGUGCCCUGCUGGAGGGGGCGCGCCGGCACCAGGCAUCCUGGGCCCUGGAGUCGGAGUCGUUCCUGGAAUUCGCCACCGUCUCCCUCUUCAUGCUGCAGGAUGACCGGCGAGCCCUGGGCCAGGGGCAAGAGCAGCUGAGGGCCCUGCUGUCCCGGGGCCGGAGCUCGCUGGAGGGGGUGGCGAGCAAGCUGCAGCGCUGCCUGGAGGAGCGGGACGAGGCGCGGCGCCGUGAGGGAGAGGCCCUGCAGGCCACGACGGCGGUGUCCAGCAGGCUGGAGGAGGUGACGGCGCAGCGGGAGGCGGCGCUGGCUGCGCUGCAGGACUCGGUCGCUCAGGUGGAGCAGCUCACAACAGCCAGCUCGCGUCUGGGCACAGAGCUGAGUGCCACGGUGCGGGAGCUGGCUGUGGUCGAGGUCGAGCGGGACCAGUUGCAGGAGGAAAACACCAGUUACACCCAGGAGACGGCGCGGCUGAGGCAGGAGCAAGAGGCCCUGCAGCAGGAGCAUGACAGGCUGCGCCAGGAGCUGUGGGAGAUGACCGAGUGCCACGAGUUCAUCGACCAGGAGAACCGCGUGUCCCGUGCCCAGCUGCUGGAGACGGAGCACAAACUGAAGUCCACGCUGGCCACCCUGCGGGAGCGCAGCAUGCAGCACGAGGAGCUGCAGGACGCCUACCAUGGCCUCAAGAUGGAGGAGAGUGCCCUGCGCCAGGAGCUGAAGGCCUGCCAGGCACAGCUCCAGGACCUGCAGCUCAAGAGGGAUGAGGUCCUGAAGUCCUCGUCAGAGAUCGCCCGGGGCACUGACCAGCUGCUGGGCCUUGCCAGGGCGCUGCGUGCUGCCCAGCAGGAAGAGGCUGACGGGGCCUUGUCUUGGAGUAGAGCCUGCACCCCCGCCCGCCAGACCCCGCAUCGCCUACAUACCUCCUUCGUGGGCAGCGUCCUGAAAGCUAUGGCAGGGAAAGACCCUGAUGGUGAUGGCAUUGGAGUCGGGAGUGCAUUCGCCAAGGUCGAGCCAGCAGCUCCUCAGAAGCCAGCCGAGGCCGAGGCGAGCCUGCUGGAGCGCGUGCAGGAGCUGAGGCACACCAUCGCAGACCUUGUUGCCGCGAGCAGCCUGGCACAGGAGGCAGAGCAGGAGAGAGCUCAGGCACUGCAGGCAGAGAUCGUGGACCUGAAGCAGCAGCUGGAGACCCUGGGGGCAGAGCUGGAUGCCCGCGACGCCAGCAUCGCCAAGCUGAACAAGGUGCUGAGAGUCAAGUUACAGAGCGAGAAGGAGCUGCAGGAGGUGGUGCAGCAGCAGGAGGAGAAGAUGUUGCAGCUUAUUGACAGGAGUGGCGAGGUCACGAGCCUGAAGACGGAGGUGUCUCAGCUGCAGCGGGCACUGCAGCGGGCGGAGACAGAGGCCAAGGUGCUGUGGGAGGAGGUGAGGGGCCAGCAGCCCCCUGCGGACACCAGCAAUGUCCAGGAGAAGGUCUGGUUGCGGCAGGAGGUGAACAAGCUGCGGGAGCUGCUCCUGGAGAAGGGGAAUGAGAUCUCGCUGCUCUCCAGCAAGUACCUAGAGCAGAGGCGGAUCCUUGAGGGGCGGCUCCAUCAGGUGCAGAAGGUGCUGAAGAGUCAGGAGGAGACGGAGGAGAAGGUCAAGGAGGCACUGUUGUCCAUUCCUGACGUGGUGGCCACGAGCUCCCAGGAGCUGCAGGACGUGCUCCGGUACCUGGGGCUGAAGCCAGCGGCUGCCAGCGAGUGCCCAGCAGCCACCCUGUAGCUGGUGGUGCCCAGUGCUCUCCGUGGCCACCUGCCCUGCACCGUGCCCAGCCCAGCCGGUUUCUGGUCCUGCCUGUGUGUUGCGCGUGGGGGAGGUGGAGCUGUACAGUCUUGUAUCAUAAAUCUGUUUAUUCAAUAAAGUGUCAUGCC